CCUAAAGACUUGGCAACAAUUGUGUUUGACAGUGCGUGACUGGUUAAAUUUCUUAUUUCUGAUUUUGAUUCCAUUGAAAAGAGUUUUUCAUUUACAAAAGUAUUUAUACGUAAUUAAUUGCUAAGAAAAUGUCGCGCGGUAGUUCUGCUGGCUUUGAUCGUCAUAUUACAAUUUUCUCACCCGAGGGUAGACUUUAUCAAGUCGAAUACGCAUUUAAAUCUAUCAAUCAAGAGGGCAUCACUUCUGUAGCUAUAAAGGGCAAUGAUUGUGCUGUGGUAGCAACGCAGAAGAAAGUUACGGAGAAGCUAAUCGACCCGAAUACUGUAACACAUUUGUUUAAGAUUACCAAAAACAUGGGUUGUGUAAUGACGGGACGAUUAGCUGAUAGUCGAUCUCAAGUGCAAAAAGCUCGUUAUGAGGCAGCUUAUUGGCGUUAUAAAUAUGGCAGCGACAUGCCGGUGGAAGUUUUAUGCAGACGAAUUGCUGAUAUCAACCAAGUCUAUACACAAAAUGCUGAAAUGCGUCCUUUAGGUUGCAGUAUGGUCCUAAUCGCUUAUGAUGAAGAGAACGGACCUUCUGUUUACAAAACUGAUCCGGCUGGCUAUUAUUGUGGAUUUCGAGCCGUUUCCGUUGGCGUUAAGCAAGUGGAAGCUAAUAGCUUUUUAGAAAAAAAAUAUAAGAAUAAUAUGAACGAAGAAAAAGCUAUACAAUUAGCCAUAACUUGUCUGUCUAAUGUCUUAGCUGUAGACUUUAAACCGAAUGGCAUCGAAAUUGGGGUGGUCAGCAAAGAAUAUCCCGAAUUUACUGUGUUGACUGAAAAGGAAAUUGAAGAUCACUUAACUAAAAUAGCCGAAAAAGAUUAAGAAAAAAAAAUCAAUAGCUUUAAAGGCUUUCUAUUAAAAUAAAUCGGGAUUUUUUUUAUGUGCUA